AUGGUAAGCUCAUCUUGUAACACUUUACCACUUUCACCUACUGGCAUACCGGUUUCCACAAUCUCCGAUGGCAUAUUGCAAAGCCAUAAUCUCAAUCGCCGAUCCUCUUCUUCUUCUUCUACUAACUCGUGUUCUUCCCAAUGGCAGCUUUUCCCUAGGCCAAUACGGCGAUUGGAACAUGAUGUCGCCGUCAAGAAGAUAGAUAAGGCCAAGGCUUCAGCUUCUUCGUCUAAUUGCUCUAAGUUUCAGAUUUAUUUCAUUGGAAAUUUGGAGUUCAUGGACUUGUCCCUCGUGCCGGGUGUGAUGCUGCUUACCACUGCUAUGCCAACAUCCUCCACACAAGGUGGUUUUUUGUCAUAUACUUGCUGUGAUGCUUGUGGCAGAUUGUUUGUGAAGGGAAAUUAUUGCCCUGUAUGCUUGAAGGUGUAUAGGGAUUCAGAAUCAACACCAAUGGUAUGCUGCGAUAUUUGUCAACGAUGGGUGCAUUGCCGUUGCGAUGGAAUAAGUGAUGCGAAAUAUCUUCAGUUUCAAGUUGAUGGAAACCUACAAUAUAAAUGUGCCACAUGCCGUGGGGAGUGUUAUCAGGUGAAGGAUCAUCAGGAUGCAGUUCAAGAACUUUGGAAGAAAAAAGAUGUGGUGGACAAAGACUUAGUUGCUACUUUGAGGGCCAACCGAGGAAGAAAUAUUUUCGAUAUUCCCGUUUUCAGAUGAUGACAAAAGUGGUCCCGUACCUGGGCGCUCUUUGAAGCUCUAUAUCAAAGGUUUGGUGGAAAAUUCCUUAAUGAAAAGCAAGGAGCAUGGGAAGAACUCCUUUAACAAAAAACAUGCUUGUAAAAAAGGUAAUCACACCAAGACAGAUCCCGAACAGGAUUCUGAAGUUCAGAGACGCAGGCUAGGUGUCACUAGAGUAUAUAGUGUGGGGUUUCAGAUAAAUGAACAAUCUGAUGUUCAAUCCUCUGUAGCUGGAAUUUGCUCAACACAUGAACCGAGGAUUGUGAAACACAAGAGGCUUGAUGAUGUUAUGGUGACUGAUGAGGAAAAGCCAUCAAGGAUAGUCAGAAUAAAGUGUAGCAAGCCUCACGAUUCUGAUAGCGAGGAUAUAUCAAGGAAUGCAGGCGAGGAGAAAUCUGUGAAGGGAAAGAAGUUGGUGAUUAACCUUGGUGCUAGGAAAAUUAAUGUUAGUGAUUCUUCUAAGUCCAAUGUUGUAUCUCAUUUACCGAGGGACAAAAAAGAUCAGUCUUCAAGCGAAGUACAAACUUUGAAGAUUUUUGGAAGGUUUGGCAAAACUCAAUCUGAAGGGAGUAUAGCUACAUUUGGGUUGAUCACGCAGUUCCCUGCAUCAACAUGCGAAGGUAGUCAUGUGGAUGACAAAACAUCCUCCUCACCAUCUUUACAGAAAGUCCAAAAGUCCAAUCAGACGAAGGCUGUUAAAUUCAAACGGCUUUAUGUUCAAGCUUUGUGUGUUAAGUAAUUUUCUCGACUUUGGGUUAAUUGAUAAUACUUUGUUGACAAAAUAUUUGGUGUAUUGUACGUUUUUAGCUUUGUCAAAUCCAAGGAUUUGAUGUAUUCUCCUAUAUUAUAUUUUUAUUUAUGUAGUGUAUAAUUUGCAAUGUUUAAUUUCAG